AUGCAAUCGCACUUCUAUCCAGUCUUCACGCUAGCUCCGUGGCUCCCCUUUAAUUAUGGCGUGGUGCGCGCCGGCGAGGGUCGCCCAUCUUCCAGCCGGCCUGCAGCAGACAUCACCGGCAGCACCUCUUCCUUCGCCCUCGUCCACUCCUCCCCUCUCAUCUGCUCAGCGCUCUUUGAUCCGAUCGUAAUCGACGACAAUGAAAGCGAAAAUGGCCAUAACUGCGAUGUCACUGGCGACUACAACAGCGCUGAAUCUGAGACAAUUUCCAACUCUCCGUCAGCUCGAAGUGUACCAGUCGACAUUGGCUUCCUUGGCGAUCCAGCCGACAGUCCGUUUGUUGAGGACUCGGAGGCCGGGUCCAGCCCUGGUCCCGUCGAGUCUCGUUCCAGUCCCAAAUACAAGGAUGACUGGUAUGACCCGGCCGUUCCGGAGAUUGAUGAUCCCAAUGACGAUACAGACUAUGUCGAGUCGGAAUAUGGCGAGUCGGAAUAUGGCGAGUCGGACUCUGUCGACUUGGAUUACGCCGACUGA